UCCUCCCUGUGCCUCGCGGUCAGUCGUGAGAGCCUCUGACAGUUCGAGGCUCCUCUCGUGUGUCGGAUCAUGAAGCUGCGCACUGAUCCUCUCGUGAAGCUGCGCUGAGUGACGUGACGGCGGAGGAGCAGAGGAGCGGAGGAGCAGAGGAGCGGAGGAGCAGAGGAGCAGAGGACCGGAGGACCGGAGGACCGGAGGAGCAGAGGAGCAGAGGACCGGAGGAGCAGAGGACCGGAGGACAGGUCUAACACGGGAGUGAGUCUUUGUUGAGCGACAGAGAACGAGGAAUAAAGAAAGGAGCGAGGAGGACUUGAGAGAAAGAAGCAGAGCCUGAACCUCUGGAGAGUCAUCACUGGCCGAGCGGCCAAGCACGAAAACCAGCCCAACCUAAACAGAUGAUGAUGGCCCAGACGGUGGAAAUGAAACGUUGACUGCGAGUGAAGCCACGGAGCAUGACUUGCCCUAUAGCCCCAAAAAUCUGAAACUCAUCACUAUGCUGAUUGGUCGGCGGCAAUUACCGGUCGGUCACUAGGUCGCAGCUGUCAGUCAAGACUAACAUGGAGCGAGAGGGCUCAUUUAGGAGGAGUCUCCAGAGCAAGCUGAGGUUAGGCAGCAGCUCGUCCUGCAGCCUGACAGACCUCUCGGGGGGGAAGACCCCGGCGGGGGGAGGAGGUGGGGAGAAGGGAGGAACUUCUGGGGCGCUGGUGGAGGAGUGCAGCAAGGACAAGGGCACCCAGCAGAGGAGGGCCGGGGCCAACGCCACCUGGAACAGCAUCCACAACGCAGUGAUCUCGGUUUUCCAGAGGAAGGAGCUGGGAGAAAAUGAGCUCUACACUCUGAAUGAAGGUGUCAGGCAGCUGCUCAAGACAGAACUGGGCUCCUUCUUCACUGAGUACCUUCAGAACCAGCUGCUCACUAAAGGCAUGGUCAUACUGAGAGACAAGAUCCGCUUCUAUGAAGAGAGUCUUGUCGCCUUGUGUCAAACAGGUCAGAAGCUGUUGGACUCUCUGUCCGACACAUGGGACUUCUUCUUCUGCGAUGUUCUGUCCAUGCUGCAGGCCAUCUUCUAUCCUGUGCAGGGAAAGGAACCAUCAGUGCGUCAGCUGGCUCUGCUUCACUUCAGAAACAUCAUCACCCUAAACCUGAAACUGGACGAGGCUCUUUCUCGACCCCGAGCCAGAGUUCCCCCCUCUAUCAUACAGAUGCUGCUAAUACUACAGGGUGUCCAUGAGUCUAAGGGUGUAACCGACGACUACCUGCGGCUGGAGUCUCUCAUCCAGAAAGUGGUCUCUCCCUACCUGGGAACUAAUGGUUUAUAUUCCAGAGACGGCUCCUCCAAUCCACACUGCUCCUCCUGCCUAUUAGAAAAGCGUUUGCAGCGCUCCUGGUCCUCCAAAGCAGGCGGCUCCCCCGUCGCCAAGAAUCUGGUGGUGCGCUCCAAGAGCUACAACGUCCCCAUGCUGACGCCUGUGGUGGAGUACGACGCCGACUCCCCCGUAGGAGGUGGCACAGGCAUCAGACGGCACUCCGUCUCGGAGAUGACGUCCUGCGCGGAGGAGAGCAGCUCCGUGGCCGAGUCCGGCGCCACCGGUGGCGUCAGCACUUCCAGCCUCGCCAACCCCUCCGCGGCUUCGGCAGGACGGGCUCCAGUUUCAGACCCUGUGAGCUCCAGCAAGGACCCCCGGCCCAGACUCCCCGAGAGCCCCGCGGGUCCCCACCUUCUCAUGCCACAGUUUGCCUCCCCAGGCAAAGACACGCACUCCGCGGGUUCACCGGCGUGGGACUCCCCCUCGUCCUCCGGAGCGCUGGCUCCGGACACCAGCUCGGGGCCCAGUCCCUCGUCCAGUCCGGAGAUCAUGACAGACCACAUCCCCGAGUCCUUGGACUCCGAGUCGGAGCAAGACGGCAUCUUUCUGGACUUCUCGCGCCGCUGCUCUGUGGGGUCGACACACAGCAGGGACAGCGGCAGGCAGAGGGUGGCGUGACACACACACACACACACACACACACAUUUAUCUGAGGGGGAUUCACUGGCAUGACGCAGGGACACACUGAGCCAUUACUGACAUUCCUGACACCCUGUGAUGCCCCCUGCUGUUGUCUGGAGACCCAUAAAUCAUCAGGGAUUCAAACGGAAUUAUUUUUCUAGAGAUCUUUUAAAGAAACUAAGCAAGUCUAUGCUCAUGGUUUUGAGGUGUUCUCCCCCAGUUGGAAACAUCAGCACUUCCCCCCUCUGGGAAGCUACAAUCAAAUCCAUCACUUGACGUUCAAACUAAACUAUAAUUAAUAAAAUGAUCUUAAAGUAGA